AGCGACCACGACCCAACUUGGACCAGUGUACAGGCAGCCGCGCCAACACACUCGUCCCGAUGCGCAAGACGUCGCCCAUCAACUUGCGGCAUAAAGAUAACCUACAGACAACGGUUUUGUUUGGGACCUCUGGGCGAUGAUGGCAUCGGUCGUGCCCCAGGACCAAGUACCUCUCUACGACGGCAAGGAAGACGCCAACGGGCUGCGGACGGGCUCGGGCAAGCUCGUCUUUGCAAACGACGACACGUACGUCGGGCAGUUUGUUCAGGGCUAUCGGCACGGCGCCGGCGUCUUUACGUACGACCAUGGCCAGCGCGUCUACGAGGGCGAGUGGAAGCUCAGCUUGCGGCACGGCAAGGGCAAGGAGACGUGGCGCGUCGGCGACACGACGCUCUACAGCUACGAAGGCGAGUACGAGCGAGGCAGCCCUCAUGGCUACGGCCUCGAGCGCAAGAAGCUCGCCAAGUACGCGGGUGAGUUUCAGAACGGAAGAAAGGAGGGACAUGGCCGCAUGGUCUGGCCCAACGGCGACAGCUAUGACGGGCAGUGGCGCGACGGCCGCAUGUGCGGUGUCGGCAAGCUCGUGCGCGCCAUUGACGGCAGCUCGUACGACGGGCACUGGGUACACGGGCUGCGACACGGCCGCGGCAAAGCGAUAGGUGCCGACGAGGUCUAUGAUGGGCUAUGGAAGGAAGGACUGCGACACGGCGACGGCACGGUCGUCGCCAACGCACACGAGCGCAGCGGGGUCUGGGACAAGGGCGUCCGCCUCAAGUGGACCACCCCCGAGAAGCUAAUUCAGUCGCUUCGAUAGACUAUUGCACAAGAGACAGAACACUAUAUCAAAGCCACGUGGUUUAGAGUGAGUUGGCUACGAGACGACGCAACAAGUUGUCAUUUGCGG